GAAAGAAAGAAGGGGAGGGAAGAAGAAAGAAAGAGAGGGAAACCAAAAAAAGCUAUGCGAUUACGUUGGUGGUGCUGCCGGCGGCGACACUCGGGGAGUAGAGGUACCGGACCGACGGCGGCCUCUAAUGCUCUGCACAACGCCACUGAGGAGGAAGAAGGUCGUUGAUGGCCUUGCAAUUGCAGAUGAGUUGGCAACCGAGUUUACUGAGUCAGAAGCGCAGAAAUGGCCCCCCACUCGGUCUCAAAAACCUAGGCAAUACCUGCUACCUCAACAGCGUUCUUCAGUGUCUUACUUACACCCCUCCUCUCGCCAAUUUCUGCCUCCGGAACCAGCAUUCCUCCCUCUGCGAUUCUGCUUCUUCCGACGCCGAGCGGAAGCGCGAAUGUCCGUUUUGUAUUCUCGAGAGGCGGAUAGUGAGGUCUUUGAGCUUGGAUCUGACCUUGGACUCGCCUCUCAAGAUCCAGAACUGUCUCAGGAUCUUCGCCGAGCACUUUCGCUUGGGGCGUCAGGAGGACGCCCACGAGUUCCUUCGCUAUGUCAUCGACGCUUGCCACAACACCUGCCUCCGCUUGAAGAAGCUGCGUCGGAAUGGCUACGGAGGUGCGACUGGAAGCUCCUCGGUGGUGAAGGAAAUUUUCGGGGGUGCUUUGCAGAGCCAGGUGAAGUGUUUAUCUUGUGGAAACGACUCCAAUAAGGUUGAUGAGAUAAUGGAUAUUAGUCUUGAUGUUUUGCAUAGUAGUUCUCUUAAAGAGGCAUUGCAGAAGUUCUUUCAACUCGAAGUUUUAGAUGGCAGUAAUAAGUACAAGUGUGACAAUUGUAAGAAGUUGGUGGUGGCGAGGAAGCAGAUGUCAGUACUUCAAGCACCAAAUAUUCUCGUCAUCCAAUUGAAGAGAUUUGAAGGUAUAUUUGGUGGUAAGAUUGACAAGGCCAUUGCGUACGAAGAGAAUUUGCUGCUUUCAAAUUUCAUGUGCAAAGGAAGUCAGGAUCCACGUCCAGAGUACAAGCUAUUUGGUACCAUAGUGCAUUCAGGCUUCUCAGCAGAAUCUGGACAUUAUUAUGCAUAUAUCAAGGAUGCAAUAGGUAGGUGGUAUUGCUGCAACGACUCUUUCGUCACAGUUUCAACUCUACAGGAGGUCUUGUCAGAAAAGGUUUAUAUUCUCUUUUUCUCUCGUACAAACCAGAGGGCAGUAUCUGCUAGCACAGCUCUUGCUUCCAAUGGUGUAAAAUCUCAUGAAUGUAAUGGCAGCGAAGCAUCCAAAAUCUCAAAACCUUCUGUCAUAAUGAAAACAGCACAGGUAAAAUCCCAUGUGGAACAACCUUCUCGGAAGGAAUUUUCAAGUUUAUCCAAGGCAGAUAAGCCAUCUUUAAGCCUGCGAGGGAAGUCUAAUAUGAAUGGACAUUCUAAUUCUGUACGAGCUCCUACCACCAUUAAUGGAAAGAUUGUUCUUGAGAAGGAUCAAUCCAUGAAGGAGAAGGAGAAUGAGAAAGAGAAUAUAAACAACGUGUUGCCUCUGGAAAAUGGUGCAAGACAUAAAUCUUCUCUUGGGAAUUGGAAUAGCAGGAAAAAUAAUGAAGUUGCCGAGGAUGUAACAGAGAAGGAACAUAAAUCUGUGUUAAUGAAUAGUAAUGGUAAUGGUGAGAGUAUGGGCAUGGAGGCAGUUAAACACGACCAGUAUGAUGGUAGUCCUAUGAGUACCAAGUUCACUGCAGGAAGAGUGUCUGGUCAUGACGGAGUGGAUAAUGCAGUCAACUGUCCUUCUGAGAUCAAAGGGUCCAAAAGAAAAUCGGAUUUUUGUAUCUUGUUGCAACAGGAUGCCCAAUCUCGGGAAAGAGUUGAAGAACUGAAAGAAGUUCUCAAGGGAGAAGCUUUCUCAGUCUUGAGAUCAUGCGGUUGGUCAGAGGAGGUCUUCAGUUGCAUGCGUUCAAGGAAGAGAUUUUGUUCACGAGAAAUGGGCAGCACUCCAAAUAGUAACGAUUUAAAGAAAUUGCUGAUUGCAGAUGCCAAACAGAAGUUUAUUUCACGGAUUCCAGAAUCUCUAAAAGAGGACCUAAUAGAAAAGCUCCAACUAUUUAGCCAAGAAAAGUAACCCCGGUGGGUCUCUUCUCUUUUUAUUCAGUAGCUGUGCUGAGACAAAACCUUGUGCUGGUUCUUGAUGUACGUCCGUAUAUGCUAAGAGAUGGCAUCACAAUCUAUAUAACAAAAUUCAUUCUGUUGUAAUUGUUCCCUUUGAUGGGAAUGGAAUGUCCUGGUGGUGAUAUGAAGAAUAUGUUCUAUACUCUGUUCUUCAAGCAAAGCAUUGGCAACAUUGGUAAUUUUUCCCUUGCGCUCAAUCCCCUGUAGUGGAUUUACCAUUUAUAUUGUGAGAGUUGGGGUCACUGAGGCGCAUGAUUGAAAUUUCUUUAUUCCUCGAGGCUGCACGACGGUGGCAGUCAUGGCAGAGAAAGUUCAGGAAUUCUAUUCAAUUUUGUAAAAUAUCCUUUUUGGUAGGAUCUGUCUUACAAUCAUUGUCGUGGAUGCAUUACGAAUUUUCUCUAAAAAAAAUAUAGGCAGACUGCGGGAGAAAAACAUAUCUAUGUUUUCAUUGAGUUAGAAAUUUUACUGUGUAAGUCUUUGCUUUUGAGCAAUCUAUAACAGCGUACACUUGAUCUUAUACCUGACUCAGUGCGAUAAGCGUAGGCACUUGCUGCAGCCUACAUUUGGAAAUAUUUCGGGUGGCACACACUGCUUUCAAUUCAAAGGGUUUGAUAGUAUUUUAUCUAGUCCUCUCAGUCAUGUAUUUCCUUAAAGUUCUUUAGUGCUUCUCAAUUUUACUUCUCACUGAAUUGUACAUAUCCAGAGUUGGAGAUAAAUGUAAUACAGAAUUUUGUGGCAGACUGAAGAUAAUAUUUUGCAAGUUUCAUGCAUUGUGUCAGCA